AUCUAAAAGCGCUCAUUAUAACCAACAAGCGAUAACGUUCGGUAGUGAAAAUUACGGCAUUUAGUUGUGUUAAGUGCAACGAUGAAUCGCAAAAGAUAGUCGAUAUUGAUGAAAAAAAGUAGACAUAUAUGUAUAUUGCAAAUGAUCGACACCGUGUUCCGUCCAAUGAUAUAAUCUUCCUUGAAGUCAAGGAAAAUCUUGUGGCGCUGUUUCAACAGCUGAUCAACUAGCACAAUCUCCAAGCAAAAUUCUUGUUUCCAGUUAGCUAGGUGAUUCGUGAUAAACGAUGGCCGAAUAUGUAUUAAGAGUUAAAACGAAAUCAGGUCAAAAGGUCGUGAAUGGAUUGCUCCCGCAGGAUAAACUUGGCAAAUUACGAUCAAAACUUGUUGAAAUAACAGGAAUACCAGCAGAGGCACUUCACGUUCUUGGUGGUUUUCCACCGAGGCCAAUUAAUCUAAAUGACGAAACAAAUUCGCUUGAAGUGUCCGGGAUCAUUUCAGGAGAUACCUUGAUUGUUGAAGAAAAAUCGCCACUUUAUAAUGGAAAACAGAAAUCGGAAGAAAUCGGACGAACACACAUUGUUGACGAGAAAAAUUUCACGAAUACACCUGGUGUAUUAAUGAAAAAGGUCGUACCUGCAGAUAAUUCUUGCUUGUUUACCAGUGUUGGCUAUGUACUCAAUGGUAAAGUGGAUCCUAGCUGUUCAAAUUUUAUGAGAGAGAUUAUAGCAAAUGCAGUAGCAUCUGAUCCUGAAGAAUAUUCAGAAGCUUUUUUGGGCCAACCAAAUCCUGAAUAUUGUAAAUGGAUUUUAAAACCAGAAUCAUGGGGUGGAGCUAUAGAACUGUCAAUAUUAUCUAAAUUUUAUGGAUUAGAGAUAGCAGUAAUUGAUAGUAUUAAUGCUAUAAUCAAUAGAUUUGGAGAAGAUCAACAUUAUCCUCAAAGAGUUUUUCUAAUAUUUGAUGGAAUUCAUUAUGAUCCUUUAUAUUUAGAACCACUUGAUGGUAGCAGCAUUCAAACAAUCUUUCCUACUGAAGAUGAGAAAAUAUUAUUUGAAGCAGCUGAACUUGCAAAAGAAGUAAAAUCUAGUCGUCAAUUCACAGACAUUCAAAAGUUUAUGUUAAUAUGUAAUGAUUGUAAAAUCAGAUUAAAUGGUCAUAUGGAGGCUCGGCAACAUGCCAAGGAAACAGGUCAUAUGAAUUUUGGAGAAGUAGCUGUAUAAUAACUAAAUUAAUUCUUCAAUAAUUAUCAAUCAUUUUUAAAUGGACUGCUAUUGAGAAUCCUACUAAAUUCAAGUCUCAAGCAGAAUUUUCUACCUAAACGAGGCUUGUAAGCAGAUUAGCUAUUUAAUAUUGAUACUUUGUUAUUAAUGUAAGAUGUAUGCAGUGCACUAUGAGGAUUGUUUAGAUAUGUAAUUUACACAGAUUUUUAAUUUUGUCUAAAGAUUGAUAUUUCUAAACAUCAAAAUUUAUAUAAUAACUUUCAUCACAAUAUAAA